AAUUAUACCUCUAUUGUUUUGUUGCUUGAAAGUCAACAGCUUUGCAGCCAUGGCACGCGGUCAUCAAAAAAUACAAUCGCAAGCAAAGGCCGCUGAAAAGCAAGCGAAGAUGAAAAAGCAGCAGGGCCACAGUGCCAACGAUCAAAAGAAAGCAGCACAAAAAGCACUCGUACAUGUUUGUGUCCUCUGCAAAUCGCAAAUGCCAGAUCCUAAGACUUACAAGCAACAUUUUGAGAAUAAACAUCCGAAAAAUGAUAUGCCUGAGGAACUGAAAGACCUCUAACAUUAUUAUUGAACAUUAUCAAAUAAACGACGAGUUGCCUACGAGUACGAAUAAUUGCAACAAUAAUAUUUGAAACAAUCAAUAAUUUAAAAUAAAAUGCAAAAAUAUACGCAAACUUAUCUUUAAAACGCAUACAUUGAUUGGCUUGCAUAAUAAAAGUUUCAAUUUCUGUCAUA